AUGUCCAGCCCCUUCGAUAUCAUCGCCAUCAUCACGCCUAAGCCCGGCAAGGCAGACAGGGUUGAAGAGCUUCUCACAAUCGCAGCUAAAGCUGUAAAGGCGAACGAGCCCGGUACACUCCGGUACCACCUACAGCGCGAAGUCAAGGGCGAUGCGCCGACCUUCGUGAUGCUUGAGACAUACGCGAACAAAGCAGCUCUAGAGACACAUGCGAAGAGCGAGGACUUCAAGAAAUUAGGAAAGGCGAUGAAGACGGAGGAUCUGCUUGCAGAGCCGAUGAAGGUGUUAUUCACAAAGGAGGCGGGCGGGUACUCUAGCAAGCUAUAA